GAAAUAAUAUUUUUAAUGCAUGUGCAGUCUUUCAUAUAUUUAUACUUGUUAUUUUUGUUUAACUUUUACUAAGCCAUGCAAACAAUUAAUGGCUUUAAUAGCCAGCUCCUUCAUAUGUAAUUUCGUCAAGACAAUCACAAAAUAUAAUAUGCGGUGUAUGAAAUGGGUGACAUCAAACAUAGAGCACGGUUGAUUAUACAGUAGGAUGUACAUUUACAUUAUGUAAUUCAGAGCAAUGUCAAAUUUGGUUAUGGUUUACAUUUCCAUUCUUAUUUAAUCAAUUAAAUAUAAUACACAAGCAAAAUUCAACAUACCUAUCAGAUGUAUAUAUUGACAAGAGUAUAUUAUAGUGAGGAAUUGGUACUUUUUCUACCUACAUUCCAUUUAUUAAUCUAAAGUGAAGAAUUUGUAGCAAUGUUCCAGAGCAGAUAUCUAAGUUACAAUAUGAUGAUAUGUUUUUCUGGUUAAGUUGAUAUGGUUUUUGUAAAGGCUACAUGUUGUAAAUAAAACCAAAAUUCAAGGAUAUUUUAGGACUGAUAGAAUUGUUUACAUGGUACAUAGUGGUCACUGCAUUGUAAAGUUUUCACUCGCAUGGAGCCGUAUUAUAGCAACUGCUCAUUUUUACUCAGUUUUAUAGAACUUUUGAUGAUUUGCACUAUAAACAUGGAUGAGGCUAAAAGUGGAAAGGAUGAUAUGUCAGAUGCACAUGUUGUCUCUCUUGCCACUGAAACCGCCCUUAAUAACUCAGGACUUGUGUUUUCUGAUGGUAGCAACAUGCUUGCUUCUGCAGAUGUAGCAUUGGAUGAUGGUGGAACAACAUAUUUGACUCUUCCGCUGCAUUUUGUACAAGAUGGUUCAGUACUUGAGUCAGGAUCUAGCAUUCAUAACUUAAUUCUUAAAAGCUUGGCAAGCAGCACAGUGUUUCUCGAUACUAGUCAGUUUACCCUUCUGUCAGGGUGUUCUAGUCAAGUAAUAUUAAGUACGGAUGGCCUUGUUGAAGAUGGAGAUGGGAAGAUUCUGCUGGGUACAGAGAAUGAAAAGAGUUCAGAUAAAGUUUCAAUUGUACCAGGCCUAGGAGUUGAUAUUGCAACCAUUGACCUGACAAACCUUACUAGUGAAGGAGGAAGUGGAGAUGUAGGUUCUGAUCCAAUCGAGAAUGGAGAAGUUAUCAAGCCUGGGUGUCUCACGUUCAGUUUGGAUACAACUAUUCAUCCUCCAAAUAAACAAAAUCAUGAGGUACAUCAGCCCAAUUCAUCAAGAAGAGGACCAGGACGGCCUAGGAGGGAAGACACAGAAGUAGAUCCUCCCAUUGGAAAGGGGCCAUUUAAGUGUCACAUAUGUGGUAAAGAAUUUUCUAAGUCAUCACAAUGCAAGAGACAUGUGAAAUGCCAUUCAGAUGAUAAGCCAUUUUUGUGCAACCUAUGUUCAUCAUCAUUUAAUGUGGAGUCAAAUUUGAUUCUGCACAAGGCAACACAUAAUGUAGAUGACCCACGGUGUCCAGAAUGUAAUAAGAAGUUCUCCCGCAUUGCAAGUUUAAAGGCACAUGUGAUGCUACAUGAGAAAGAGGAAAGCCUGUUCUGCUCUGAGUGUGGUGAUGAGUUCAGCACAAUGCUCCAACUUGAGGAACAUAAAAGGGAGCACCAAAAUGAAUGGGUUAAGCCAUCUAAUCCACAGUGUCGACAGUGCAAAUGGCAAUUCUCUCGUGCUUCAGCACUGCGUGAACAUAUGAAGGAACAUUACAAGGUAAAAGCUUCAUUGUCACAUAAGAGUCACAAACGUAACAUAGAUCGAAGCACUUUUAUCCAUAAAUGUGACACGUGUCACAAGUGCUUCCAGAAACCGAGCCAGUUGGUCCGACAUAAGAGGAUCCACACGGGUGAGAGGCCCUAUAAGUGCCAGAUAUGCCCAAGAGCUUUCAACCAGAAAGGCUCUCUACAAAUUCAUAUGUCCAAACACAAUGGUAUUAAACCAUUUCAUUGUGAAUUUUGUGCUGCUGCUUUCAGUCAGAAGGGUAAUCUCCGUGCUCACAUUGUACGAGUUCAUACGAUUCCCAACUCAGGAGAACAAGUUUAUAAAUGCAUGGAAUGUCCAUGUGUGUUUAAAAAAUUGGGAAGCCUUAAUGCACAUAUGAGUCGAAUGCAUUGUGGUGAUGGUUCACAGAAGAUUGAAGGGCCAGAUAAUUCUGAUACAUCACUCAUAGUGAAUGUUCGAGCCGUGUUGUCACAAUUGGCAGAACUGGAAGCACAUGUAGCAGGAGAUAAAAACAAGAUACCUGAGCAGCCUAGUGAUUCAGAUAUUUUGCAGCAAGCCCUGGUUAAUAGUGGCCUCUCUGGGAAGGAUCAGUCUACCCUGCGAGGACUAGAAGAUAGUUCUUGCAAUCAUGAAACCAAAAUGAAGGAUGGUGUCUGUGAUGAGAGUGGAACAGUCAGACAGCACAAGGAGAGUAGCACAACCAGUUACAUCACACUUGCUGACAGAGGACUUGAUGGAACUGUGAGGAGAUAUAUCACUAAAGAAUUCAAGAAACCCUCAGAUCUAGUUAGGCAUAUCAGAAUACACACACAUGAACGUCCAUACAAGUGCACUCAUUGCUAUCGGUCAUUUGCUGUCAAGUCCACGCUUACAGCCCACAUACGCACGCACACUGGCGUCAGAGACCACGUAUGCUACAUAUGCCUCAAGAAAUUCUCUUCAUCAAGUAGUCUUAAAGUUCACAUAAGAAUGCAUACAGGUACCAAACCAUUUGCCUGUCAGCUCUGUGACAAGACAUUCCGAACCACAGGACACCAAAAGACUCACAUGUUGUCUCAUACCAAAGAAAGUAGUGGAACUUCUGGAGAAAGAGUUACAAAGCGGAAACUGGUCAGACAGAAGCCUACACUUCCUGUCUUACCAGAAGUUGCAUUGCAAGAACCAAUUAUUAUCACAAAUAAUGGAUUUGUACAAGCUGUAGCCCGAAACAGCACUGUUUUCCUUCCUGGCAACACUGUGAGUUUGGAUCGUCCAUAUGUGUGUAAUGUGUGCAACGCAGCAUUCCGUAAAUUAAGUCACCUCAAACAGCACAUUCGCAUGCACACUGGUGAACGCCCAUUCAAGUGUACCCUAUGUGACAGGCGCUUCAUAUCAAAUGGGGUACUGAAAGCUCAUCAGCGAACACACGAGGGAGUAAAAUCGUACAAGUGUCAUCAAUGUGGUAAUAUGUUCUCUACAAAUGGAAGCUUGAAACGGCACAUGAGUACACAUAGCGACUUGAGGCCCUUCAUGUGUCCAUACUGCCACAAAACAUUCAAAACAUCUGUUAACUGCCGCAAACACAUGAAGACACACAAACAUGAAUUAGCUUUACAGGUUGCACAACAAACAGCUAAAGAAGGAGAAAGAACAAAUACACUUAGCAGUAUACCAGUGGAUGGACAGGGUCCUGCUGUUGUGACAGAAAGUACAAACUUCCCUCCUGAAGGUUUAGGUCCAGACUUUACUCAAGCAUUUUCAGAUCAACCGUUUCAAGUAACAUCAACCACUGAGCAUCAGGAGCAAGAGGAAGUAACAUUUGCUCAGAACACACUUGUUCAUACACUUGCUCCUGAUUCUCUGGUGGAUGAUGCUGAACCUGUAAACACUCCCAGUGUGAUAACACACACAUUGCAUGCUGAUGCCACAGGGACCAUCACAUUACCAAAUCUUGAUGGGCAACAUACCUUGACACAGGAAAAUAUCCAGGAAAUUGAGCGUACACUGAAUGAACAAAUUUUUGGUCCAUCUACAAAUGUAACAUCGGAUCUUGUGAAUGUUGGGGAAGCAUCCAGUGAUCUGGCCACAAGAAUCGAAGUUGGAGGUAGUGACAGUGAAGCUGAGUCAACCACAACAGAAGAUUUAGCACAUACUCUUGGAGCCACUGCUUCCCCAUCAGGUCAUCCUGAUGCUUCAGCACUAGGCACUUUGUCAGAGCAACCUAAGGUUGAUGGCAGAAACAAGAGUUCGGCAGAACCACCCAGCAAUGGCAGUGUGUUUGGCAACACUUUCGAUUCAGCAGGUUUUGAGUCAUGUGUCUUCACAGCAAUGACUCUUCAGAGUGAUCCCCUGGAACUAGAAGGCCUAGGGUCAGGCCCUGCCAUAACCACCAACAUGGCUAGCAUUCUCCCCCCACCUGAGGGUGCAAUGCCUGAACCUGAAACUGCUGCAGCAUCUGACUCUACUUCUAAGCCCGAACUCUUAGCAGAGCUACCGAUGGAAGGUCCAGUUGCUGCUGCUGCAGUGGCAGCAGACGAAGCAGAUAAAGAUAAGAAUUACAUUCCAGGAAGACCUUUCAGUGCAGACAAUCCCCCUGGUGAACGGCCUUACAAAUGCAAACAAUGCAGCCGUGCAUUUAAGAAGUCAUAUCAUCUGAAAGAACAUGCAAGAAGCCAUGUAGGAAAGAAUUUAAGCUGUACUUUAUGUGGAAGAAAGUGUACUACCUUUGGUGCUCUCAGGGCUCAUAUGAAAACACAUGAUGGCAGUAGAGAUUAUGAAUGUGACCUAUGUGGUUGUCAAUUCACAACAAAUGGUUCACUGAAACGUCACAUGGUUGUCCACAGUGAUGAAAGGCCACUAAAGUGUUCUAUCUGCGAUGCAGUGUUUCGGACUGACCAUCUGUUACGCAAACACAUUAAACUUCAUGAACCAAGAGAGAGAAGGGGGAAACUGGUUGCAACCAAUCUAAUGCAGCCACCACGUGGACGUCGACGUGCGGCUGUCAUCCGACUCACUGCAGAAGAAACUCAGGUUCUAGCACAACAACCCCUUGACAAUGCAGCCACUGUCUCGGAAAAAGUGCUGAUUGCUUCUGUUGCUGAGAAAGAUCGCAUUAGUGAACUGAAGGAUCCAGAGCAGCAGUAUAAUAUGGAACCAAUUCAUCCGAACCAAUGCAAAUACUGCCCAAAAAGCUUUCGAAAGCCAUCAGAUUUAGUGCGUCACAUUCGAAUCCACACAGGAGAACGCCCGUACCAAUGUGCUUGCUGUAAUAAAUGCUUCACUGUCAAAUCAACUUUAGACAGUCAUCUCAAAACACAUGGAGGACAGAAGCUUUUUGCUUGCCAUGUCUGCGGCUGCCUCUUUUCCACAAAAGGAAGCCUCAAGGUUCACAUGCGUCUGCAUACAGGUGCCAAACCUUUCAAGUGCCCACUCUGUGAGAUGAGAUUUCGUACAUCAGGUCACCGUAAAGCCCACCUUAUGUCUCAUAUGAAGCAUGCAGCUGGUGAUGGCAAAAUUCCAUCUCGGCUUACCACAACUGCACGUCGGAACAAGCGAGUUCCCGAGCAGGAGCAGCAACCGGAUCAGGCAGAGGAAUCGCAGUUGCAGAAUGCAGCAACCAGCACUGCAUCGGAGCUGGUGACUGAAACUAUGACGCACAUAACACUGGAUCCUGCUACACUGAGUAGCCUGAUACCAGGAGAACCAUUCAGCUCCUCAUUGCUAACCACAACAGCUGAUGGAAAUCACUUUAUGGGAAACUUCCAGUUACAGCUGAGUGAUGGUCUACAAAUAGCAGGAGUGGAUCCCUCUGGAACACUCCAUUCCUAUACCACACAGGCUAUCCAGCUGGAUGAGGCCCUUCUGCAGCAGCUCCAGGCUUCAAACAUAAUUAUCCAAACUACACCAAGUAAUGGCCAUUUGCAAAAUCCGGCAGAAGAGGGCCAGACUGUUGAAGAUCAGCAGCAGCAACACGACACUGUAGAUGCCAGUGCAGAAAUGUCAACUGUCCGCUUUGAAAUCCAUACAGAUGAACAUGGACAGAUCAUCAAUAUUCAACCAGCAGUGCUGCAAGGAAUUCCUUCAAGAAAUGGAGGAGAUAUAACGUUUGAUCUGACAGGUGGGUUGGAUAUGGAAGUAGUGGAAGGAGACCAACAAGCUCAAGCAUCUCGCUUCCGUGUUACAGACAGCAGAAAGGAGCGGCGGACUCUAGUGGCUAUUGGAAACCAGUUAUCUAGUGGACAGAAAGAUAAGGAAUGUGAGGACUUCUUGUUAUUUCAUGAUUGUGCUACGUGUGGAAAACAUUUUUCAAAACCCAGCCAAUUAGAGCGCCAUACCCGUAUUCACACUGGAGAGCGUCCAUUUUCCUGUCCCCUGUGUGCUAAGACAUUCAACCAGAAGAAUGCACUCAACACACAUAUGAAAAGUCAUACAGGGGAACGCCCUUUCCCUUGUCCCUACUGUCACUAUUCCUUCACCCAAAAGGGUAACCUUAAGACGCACAUGCGACGCGCCCAUCAGUUCAUUUCCUUAGAGCUAGGUACAAACUCAGCUACGACAUCUACCACUUCUCCUUCCACUCCUACUCGAUCAUUGCUCAAACCCAAGCAGCAAACCACGCUAGAUCUUGAGAAGGUUGUAGGAGAUUUGUUUCCACAGAUGAGGAAUACCGCUCCUGCUGAUCCUUGAAUUCUGCAUUGCAAUCACCAACAUUAAGUACAAAUGAACAUUCAUUUAAGCAAUGUGAUUAAUUAAAAGUUGCCUUUAAGAUAUUACAAAUAAAAGGUGUCAAUUUAAUAUAUAUAUAUAUACACGUGUAUGUAAAGUAAAUAAUGUAAAAAUUGUAGAUAUAUUUUCAAAUGUUAUCAAUUCUUUUGUGAAUAUUUUCAUCAUUUUAUAUAUGUGACUAUGUUUAUGUAGCAGAAGUUAAUAAAACAUGAAAACAAAAGGAA